GCCCUUCCUUUCUCUCUCUCCGGUACCUAAAUAUUCCGCAAAAAAAAAAUCUUCGUUUCUACAAGUUUCUAAUUAGCGGCUAUUCUCCGACUCUUCACUCUUGUUAUACUCCGGAGGGGGAUCACACUACGAAUGUGUUGAUCAAGUACAUACUUCCAAUAGUUUUGCUGCUCGGCUGUCAUGGCUGAAGUCGCCAAACUCGUGGAACUUCUCCACGAAGAGAAGGCGCCCAAAGAUCUCUUCAAGAGGCCUAACUCCGAUUUGAUCAGAGCAGGUCUCGAGAAAUUCUAUUCGAUCCUCGCAGGAGGAAUUGAAGAAAUCGGAGAUGGAAAGUUAGGGCUCGAGACCUGGAACCACUUGCAGAUUCAGGCGGUGGUAUCGGUUGCCAAGUCAAUUGUUUCUGCAACUCGAUCUCUUUCCGUUGAAAAUGCGGAGCCAAUAAUCGUUGCUAUAUUCGAGAAGUCACUCGAGUUCUCUACUCGUUGUCUGGAGAAAUUGAUGGCUGGAAAUGGUGAUUUUAGUCUUCAGAAUAAUGUGGCACAACUGUUGGAAUUGAUAUUAAUUGAUGGAAUGGUUAAGGAAUGUGAUGCAUCACAGCCUAUUUCUGUAAGUACUCUUAAAGAGUUGUUGCCAGUAGUUGCAUCUAAUUCUGGUGGGGUGGAAUUGGAUAAACAUGUUACAUGCAAUAUCCAAGAAGGUAUCAAUUAUUCAAGGGUGGAGAAGCCCGUGAAUCGGGUUCUAAUGACGUUAUCCUCUGAAUGCCUGCAAUCCGAUAAGCAUGAAACACAUUUUACUGGACUUGCUUUCUGUCAGGAUCUGAAUAACAUGGUUUCUUUAUGUCAGCAUUGGGCAGUUAUGCAUCUGAGAUGUGUAGAGCGCCUUAUUAAAAUCUUCAAAGACCUCCUUGAGCCACUGAAAGCAUUUGAUGAACAGACAGAUGGUGCCAUUUUUCAUGGAAAAUUAUUACUAUGCUCAAGAAUUAUAAAUGUACUUGGAAAUCUUACGAGGGACAUCUCAUGUGUUGAGUAUAAUGCUGAGUUUUUGCAAGCAGUUGCAUCCUGUGCUGAAUCACUACCUAGCUUGUUCAGUAUCAAUUUUGAGUUUGUAAAUUAUCAUUCUGGUGCUGAGAAUGGCUUUGAGAGUCUAAUGUUGCAAUUGUUGGAGGAGUUUCUUCUGUUUAUCCGAGUUGUCUUCUGCAACAGCAAUGUCUUUCAUAAUAUCCAGAUAUGUAUUGUGGCUUCUAUCUUGAACAUUUUGGAAUCCAAUAUAUGGAGGUAUAACAAGUCUGCUGCUAUCUCAAAGCCUCCAUUGGUUUACUUUCCUCGAUGUGUUGUGCAACUAUUGAAUCUAAUAGAGGAUGUUAAGAAGUGGACAACACAGUCUUUUGAUUUGAAGAAGUUUGAUACAGAAUUUCUUGAUCAUAAUGUUGCUUCUGAUAUUAAUAUUAUUUCAUACUCUGUCCGUUCCGGAAAGGUUUCUUUGCUUAAAAAGUACACAUGUGAAGAGGUAUUGAAAAUAAUGUUCCCUCCAUCAAAUCAGUGGGUGAAUAAUUUAAUGCAUCUUGCAUUUUUCCUCCAUUCCGAAGGUGUGAAACUAAGGCCAAAAGUUGAGAGGUCAUAUUCCAGUUGUGUCAAAACUGGUGGCACCUCAGAGCCAGAGAGUGCAGUUAGCCAUGAGGAUGAAGCUCUUUUUGGAGAUCUUUUCUCUGAAGCUGGUCGCAGUGUUGGGUCUGCAGAUGGACAUGAUCAACCUCCUGUAGCAGUUAGUUGUGUCUCCAGCUUUUUCUACAUGCCAAUCCAAGCAGCAAUGGAACUAUUAAACUUUCUAAAGCUAUAUGUAUUUUCUCCCGAAUGGCAUUCUUCUCUUUAUGAGGAUGCCUGUAAGAAACUUAAUGAGAAUCAUAUUGACUUCCUGCUUAACAUAUUUAAUUGCCCUGCCUCUUUGUCUGAAGAGAAGACUUCUGAGAGUGGUUCAGCUUUGCCCCAACAAAGAAAGCUUGGGCAUAUUAAUGAUGUUUGCUUUGAACUAUUACAUUCUCUUCUUUCACGUCGUGCUUUAUCUGAUCCUCUUGAAGAACAUCUUGUUGAUAAAAUCCUAAAUGUGGAAAAUGGCAUCUUUGCCUACAAUGAAUGCACCCUCACCUUACUAGCUCACACGCUUAUUUGCAGGAUGGGUUUGGCUCGUAGCCAGUUGACAACCAAAAUUUACAAGGAAUAUAUAAAUUUUAUUGUUGAGAAGGCAAUGACUGUUGAUUUUAAAUGUCCAAGUCUUAAGGAACUCCUUCUAAGCUUGCCUUCUAUCUAUCACAUUGAAAUUCUUCUUAUGGCAUUCCAUUUAUCUGCUGAAGAAGAAAAGGUGGCUCUUGCAAAAUUAAUGUUUUCUUCACUAUUGUCAAUUAGAGCUCCUACAGCUGGAUUUAGCAGUAUGCAACUGUCAUGCUGGGCUUUACUAGUUUCAAGGCUGAUCUUGGUUCUGCGACAUAUGAUCUUGUGUCCGUCUGCUUGCCCUUCCUGGUUACUCCUUGAUUUAAGAUCCAAAAUGAGAACAGCCACUUUUUCUGGAUCUGGUGUUUCUAAUUAUGCAACUGAUUAUAUGCCAUCAUGGGCAUCAAUUGUAAUUGAGAAUGUAAUGGGUGAAUGUGUGAAAGAAGAGCCUUUCCUUAGCAGCUUACUUCAUCAACUGGUUGAUGUUGCCACAGUUCCUGUUUCGGUUUGCAGAGAUGAUCAGGGUGCUAAAAGCUUAUGUUUGAAUUGGGAUGAGAUGUAUGCUUGCUUUUCAUGGAUUCUGGGGUCUUGGAGAGGUAAAAAAGCUGAAGCAGUGGAAGACCUCAUGCUUGAAAGGUACAUCUUUUCCCUUUGUUGGGGUAUCAUGGGUUCUGAAUCAUGCAAUGUACUUUCCUUUGAAAACAAUGUGCAUAUGCUUGAUACAUCAAACACGGAAUAUUUCUUUCACUUUAGCCAUUUACUUCUAAGCAACACUGAUGUCACCGGAAAGGAUGUAAGCUUGCCAGAAGCCAUACUUGGUUUGCUUCAACACUUGCAUGCUGUGCCAAUGUCAGAUAAUCUUACUGACCUGGGCUGGGAUUUCUUAAGGAAUGGAGCAUGGCUAUCUCUUGUACUCUCCAUCCUUGAAGUUGGUAUCUGGGGUUAUUCUGUAAAGCAUGGAAUCUCUGGAUUGGAGACUUUCUGGAUUCCACACAUAUCCAAGGAUAAUGAGUUUCUGACUCUUGCUGAAUGCCUGGUUGCAAAGGUAGUUCAGACCAAUCAGAUUGUGUGGCUAUUAGAGGUGCUCUCAUCUUUGUUGAAGAGAUACUUGCAGGGUUACCAAGAAGCCUUUAUUUCUACUUUUAAUCAUGGCAUAUGCCAUGCUGAUGGGUUUUCACCACUGUUGCUUCUCAAGCACACAGGGUUUGACAAAUGUGCACAGGAUGAGCUACUUGAGAAGAGUGGAUUUGAUUGCUGCCAGCUUCAGUCUGUUUACGACCUUUUAUCAAAGUUGGAUGGAAUUAUUGCAAUAAGAGGUUUGGGGAACAUGGCCCAUAUUUUCCUGCAUUGUUUGCUACAUGGUUUUCCAUGUCAUUCCCAAACUCCUAGUGGUGUUCUUCUUUCAUGUAUUCUUACUGUGAGAGGGAUCAUAUCUGCUAUUGAUGGCUUGCUCAAAAUUAAAGAUAUAGGAGGAAGUAUUUGCUUAGAGGUUGAGGUAACUCGCCAGCUUCUUGAUUCUGUAAUGACUGUUAAAUCUGACAGGAUCUUCCAAUGCCUUAAUGUGAAGUGUGAAGCUAUUUGUUAUGGCUUGAGUUUGUGCCAAGAGUGGUCUGACUACAAUUGCUUGUUCCUGAUGAAGCACAUGGAGGGGUUUCUGAAGGAUGCCAAUUCUAGAGAAGUACUUGACAGCGAUGUACAUGAAUGGUUAAUAACCAAGGCUGUUGAAAUUCUUGAUGGCCUUAGAAAAGACCCUUCUAGAACUGGUGUUUUCAAAUUUUUUGUUGGUGCUGAAGGUGAGGUGACAGAGAGAGCAAAGGAACUUUAUUGUGGGCAAUGCGGUAAUUUGUUGGUUCUUAUUGAUGCACUGGAUAAAUGUUUCUCUGAAUCAGUUAAUAUGAAGGUUCUUAAUUUCUUUAUUGAACUUCUAUCUGGAGAACUUUGUCCUGGUCUCAAACAGGAGGUACAAAAGAAGUUUCUUUUAAUGGAUUUGCCAUGCUUGUCCAGUUGGUUGGAAAAGAGGCUCUUAGGAAUCUCUGGGGAACCUUCAGCUGGGUUUGCAACUCCACUCAGGGAAUCAACAAUGAACUUUAUUAAAUGCGUUGUGUUCCAACCUUCUGAUAUGCAAUCAAGGGAACUCCACAGGCAUUUUGUUGAAGCUAUGCUGGCAUCACUUGAUAAUGCAUUCAUGUCAUAUGAUGUUCAUACAGCAAAAAUCUAUUUUCAUUUUAUAGUUCAACUUUCAAAUGGGGAGUCCUUGAUGAAGCAGCUCUUGAAGAAGACUGUGAUGCUAAUGGAGAAAUUGGCUGGUGAUGAGAGUCUUCUUCAAGGGUUAAAGUUUCUCUCUGAUUUUCUUGGGUCUGUCUUGAGUGAUUGUGGGGCUAGUAAGAACCUGGAUAAGUUCUCUGGAAAGAAUUUGUCCAGCAAUAGUCUUGGGGUUGGAUCCUUAGUUUCUAGACCAGUAAGUUCAAGAAAAAAUUCUGAGACUUUGAUUCUUUCUGCCAAUCAAGAAAGGGGAUCUGCAUCUCUUGAUUGUGAUGCAACUUCUGCUGAUGAAGAUGAGGAUGAUGGUACCUCUGAUGGUGAGUUGGCUAGCAUAGACAAGGAUGACGAGGAAGAUAGUAACAGUGAGAGGGCGCUUGCCUCUAAAGUCUGCACAUUUACAUCUAGUGGAAGCAAUUUCAUGGAACAACAUUGGUAUUUUUGUUAUACUUGUGAUUUAACUGUUUCAAAAGGUUGUUGCUCUGUGUGUGCCAAAGUUUGUCACCGUGGUCAUCGUGUUGUAUAUUCUCGCUCAAGUCGCUUCUUUUGUGAUUGUGGAGCGGGGGGUGUUAGAGGAAGCAGUUGUCAAUGCUUGAAGCCUCGAAAGUUUAGUGGAAGCAAUAGUGCACCUGUUCGUAAUUCUGGAAACUUUCAAUCUUUUCUACCUUUCUCAGAGGAUGGAGAUCAACUUCCAGAUAGUGAUUCAGAUCUGGAUGAUGAUACUUAUGUGGAUAUUGAGAAUUCCUUCAAGUUAUCUAUUCCGGAAGAGGUACAAGAUGGAAUCCCAGCUUUACUUGAAGAUCUUGAUGUGGAAGGUCAGCUGCUUGAACUUUGUGGAAAAUUGAUGCCCUCUGUAGUUGGCAGAAGAGAUUUCAACCUUUCAAAGGAUAAGAAGGUAAUCUUGGGUGCAGAUAAGAUGUUGUCUUAUGGUGUCGAUCUUCUGCAGUUGAAGAAAGCAUACAAAAGUGGAUCGCUAGACAUGAAGAUCAGGGCAGAUUAUUCAAAUGCAAGAGAACUCAAAUCCCAUCUAGCCAGUGGCUCUCUUAUUAAAUCUCUACUAAGCAUUAGUACUCGAGGUCGUCUUGCAGCUGGGGAGGGUGACAAAGUUGCUAUAUUUGAUGUUGGGCAGUUAAUUGGACAGGCUGCUAUGGCAUCUGUUGCAGCAGAUAAGACCAACAUUAAGCCUAUUUCAAAGAAUGUCAUUCGCUUUGAAAUUGUACAUCUUUUGUUCAACCCACUUGUAGAAAAUUAUCUUGCUGUAGCAGGCUAUGAGGAAUGCCAGGUGCUUACUGUUAAUCAUCGUGGUGAGGUGACUGAUCGUCUUGCCAUUGAACUCGCUUUGCAAGGUGCAUAUAUACGGAGGAUAGAUUGGGUACCUGGUUCUCAGGUUCAACUAAUGGUGGUCACAAACAUGUUUGUCAAGAUAUAUGAUUUGUCUCAGGAUAACAUAAGCCCUAUGCACUAUUUUACAUUGCCUGAUGAUUUAAUAGUGGAUGCAACUCUUGUAGUUGCUUCCCAAGGGAAGCUGUUUCUUCUUGUUUUAUCUGAGUGUGGAUGCUUGUUCAGGCUAGAGUUGUUGAUGAAAGGUGAUGUUGGUGCCAAAGCACUGAAGGAAAUCAUCCAGAUUCAGGAUAAAGACAUUCAAUCAAAAGGACUUUCUUUGUAUUUUUCAUUGACUUACAGAUUGCUUUUCAUAUCUUAUCUUGAUGGAACUACCUUGAUUGGCCGGUUAGAUGCUAAUGCAACAUCUCUAACUGAGAUUUCUGCUGUCUAUGAGGAUGAACAAGAUGGCAGGAGACCAUCAGGACUGCAUCAUUGGAAAGAGUUAUUGGUGGGCAGUGGGUUGUUCAUAUGCUUCUCAAGUGUGAAAUCAAAUGCGGCACUUACCAUUUCAAUGGGCUCUCAUGAAUUGGUUGCUCAGAAUAUGCGACAGACAGUAGGCUCAGCCUUGCCUUUGGUUGGGAUAAGUGCUUACAAGCCUUUGUCUAAAGACAGAACACACUGUUUUGUCUUACAUGAUGAUGGCAGUCUUCACAUAUACACACAUAUUCCUGUGGGGGCUGAUGCUGGUGCAAAUGUAACUUCAGAUCAAGCAAAAAAGUUGGGAUCUGGCAUUCUUAGCAAUAAAGUUUAUGCUGGUUCUAAUCCUGAGUUUCCACUUGAUUUUUUUGAGAAAACAGUUUGCAUAACGGCAGAUGUGAAGCUCAGUGGUGAUGCCAUCAGAAACAAUGACUCUGAAGGAACCAAGCAAAGUUUAGCAUCUGAUGACGGGUUUCUAGAAAGCCCUAGCCCUGCAGGAUUUAAGAUAACUGUUUCUAAUUCAAAUCCUGAUAUAGUUAUGGUUGGUUUCCGUGUACAUGUGGGUAAUACCUCUGCAAACCAUAUUCCUUCAGAUAUUACCAUCUUCCAGCGAGUAAUUAAACUGGAUGAAGGCAUGCGUUCUUGGUAUGAUAUUCCAUUUACUGUUGCUGAGUCACUCCUUGCUGAUGAAGAGUUCACAAUCUCUGUUGGUCCAACUUUCAAUCGCUCAUCUUUGCCCAGAAUAGAUUCCUUGGAGGUGUAUGGACGAUCUAAGGAUGAAUUUGGUUGGAAAGAGAAGAUGGAUGCAGUGUUGGAUAUGGAAGCACAUGUGCUUCGUUCCAACUCGGGGGUAUCAGGGGCUGGGAAGAAGUGUCGUUCUAUUCAGUCUGCUCCCAUUCAGGAACAAGUUAUAGCAGAUGAACUGAAGCUUUUGUCUAAGUUUUAUUCAUUGUGCAAAUCACAGGGUUGUUCAGAAAUUAAGGAUGUAAAACUGGAGCUCAGCAAACUCAAAUGCAAUCAGUUGCUAGAAACGAUAUUUGAAAGUGACAGAGAACCAUUGUUGCAUUCUGCUGCUUGCCAUGUUUUGCAGGCUGUUUUCCCAAAGAAGGAUAUAUACUACUAUGUCAAGGACACUAUGCGCCUUUAUGGGGUAUUAAAAUCCUCCCCUAUGCUUCUAUCAAGGCUGGGAGUUGGUGGUGCAACAGCAGGAUGGGUAGUUGGAGAAUUCACAGCUCAGGUUCGUGCAGUUUCAAAGAUUGCAUUGCACCGUCGGUCGAACUUGGCUACCUUUUUGGAGAUAAAUGGUUCUGGUGUGGUGGAUGGGCUAAUGCAAGUUCUUUGGGGCAUUUUGGAUAUUGAGCAACCUGAUACACAAACCAUAAACAACAUUGUUAUACCUUCUGUGGAACUGGUAUAUAGUUAUGCUGAGUGCCUGGCUUUUCAUGGAAAUGAAGUGGGUGGACGAUCUGUUGCACCUGCUGUUGAAUUACUCAAGAAACUAUUAUUUUCACCAUAUGAAGCUGUUCAGACUUCCAGCAGCUUGGCUAUAUCUUCAAGAUUGCUCCAGGUUCCAUUUCCAAAGCAGACAAUGUUGGCCACGGAUGAUGUUGUAGAUAACUCAGUAUCUGCACCUUUAGUUUCUGGUGUAGCCAGUGCAGCAGGUGGGAAUACACAGGUCAUGAUUGAAGAAGAUCCUGCGACGUCAUCUGUUCAAUAUUGUUGUGAUGGUUGUUCCACUGUUCCUAUACUUCGACGCCGUUGGCAUUGUACUGUAUGCCCAGAUUUUGAUUUAUGCGAAGCAUGCUAUGAAGUAUUGGAUGCAGAUCGACUUCCUCCACCGCAUUCUAGAGAUCACCCAAUGACUGCAAUCCCCAUUGAAGUUGAAUCGUUAGGUGGAGAUGGGAAUGAGAUUCAUUUCUCCAUGGAUGAUUUAAGUGAAGCAAACCUAUUGCAGGUCCGAGCUGAUGUCAGCAUACAGAAUUCUCCUCCUUCAAUCCACUUAUUAGAGCCCAAUGAAGCUGCAGAAUUUCCUGCAUCUGUAACUGACCAGAGGAUAGUUUCAAUUUCUGCAUCCAAAAGGGCUAUAAAUUCUAUGCUUAUCUCUGAACUCGUUGAACAGAUGAAAGGAUGGAUGGAAAUGACCUCUGGAAUCCGAGCAAUUCCUGUUAUGCAGCUUUUCUAUAGACUGUCAUCUGCUGUGGGUGGACCUUUUAUGGAUAGCUCAAAACCUGAGAAUUUGGAUUUGGAGAAAUUUAUUAAAUGGUUCCUGGAUGAGAUCAACCUGAAUAAGCCUUUUUCUGCAAAGAACCGUUCUUCUUUUGGAGAAGUUUUAUAUCUUGUUUUUAUGUUUUUCACCUUGAUGCUCCGAAACUGGCAUCAACCUGGUAGCGAUAGUUCACUCUCAAAAGCAGGUGCUAAUGCAGAUGCACAAGAUAAAAGUGUUGUACAAACUCCAUCCUCAGCUUCUGCUAGUGCUCCAUCUUCCACAGAUGAUCAGGAUAAAAAUGAGUUUGCUUCCCAACUGCUUCGAGCCUGCUGCUCACUGAGGCAGCAAGCCUUUGUUAAUUACUUGAUGGAUAUUUUGCAGCAGCUGGUGCAUGUUUUCAAAUCCCCAACCUUAAAUUCUGAAGCUGGUUCAGGCUUGAAUCCUGGUUCAGGAUGUGGAGCUUUACUAACAGUUCGUAGAGAGUUACCAGCUGGGAACUUUUCCCCAUUCUUUUCAGAUUCAUAUGCAAAAGCACAUCGUACAGAUUUUUUCAUGGACUACCACAGGCUUCUACUAGAGAACACUUUCAGACUUUUGUACAGCCUGAUUAGACCAGAAAAGCAUGAAAAAGCUGGGGAGAAGGACAAGACUUACAAAACAUCAUCCAUUAAGGAUUUGAAGCUAGAUGGUUAUCAGGAUGUUUUCUGCAACUACAUCAACAAUCCACAUACUGCAUUUGUACGGAGGUAUGCAAGAAGGCUUUUUCUGCACUUAUGUGGAAGCAAAACUCAUUAUUACAAUGUCCGCGAUUCUUGGCAGUUAUCUAGUGAAGUCAAAAAGCUUUACAAACUCAUUAAUAAAUCUGGUGGAUUUCAAAAUCCUUUUACAUAUGAGAGGAGUGUUAAGCUAGUGAAGUGCCUAUCUGCUAUAGCUGAAGUAGCUGCUGCCAGGCCUCGCAAUUGGCAGAAGUACUGCUCAAAACAUGGCGAUGUUCUGCCCUUUUUGAUGAAUGGAAUAUUCUUCUUUGGUGAAGAGUCUGUAAUUCAGACUCUUAAGCUUUUCAAUUGGGCCUUUUAUACAGGAAAGGACAUUGGCCAUUCUGGACUGAAAGCUGAAGGAGAUGCAGGAACAAGUGCUAAUAAAUCAGGUACGCAAUCCUUAGAUCCAAAAAAGAAGAAAAAAAGUGAGGAUGGAACUGAAUCUGGUUUGGAGAAGUCAUAUCUGGAUAUGGAACAGGCUGUGGACGUCUUUGCUGACAAGGAUGGUAGUAUCUUGAAGCAAUUCAUAGAUUGUUUUCUACUGGAAUGGAAUUUAAGUUCUGUUCGAAUUGAAGCAAAAUGUGUUCUUUAUGGUGUUUGGCAUCAUGGAAAGCAGUCAUUCAAGGAGAUUAUGUUAACUGCCCUCUUGCAAAAAGCGAAAAGCCUGCCUAUGUAUGGCCAGAAUAUCAUGGAGUAUACAGAACUUGUCACUUGGUUGCUAGGGAAGGUGUCAGAUAACAGCUCAAAGCUACAAGACACAGAACUCAUCAGUCGAUGCUUGACCCCUGAUAUUAUGAAUUGUAUCUUUGAGACGCUUCACUUGCAGAAUGAGCUUUUAGCUAAUCAUCCUAAUUCCCGCAUAUACAACACCUUGAGUGCCUUGGUGGAAUUUGAUGGGUACUAUCUUGAAAGUGAGCCUUGUGUAACUUGCAGCUGUCCAGAGGUUCCUUACAGCAGGAUGAAACUUGAAAGUCUGAAAUCUGAAACUAAAUUCACUGACAACCGUAUAAUAGUGAAAUGCAAUGGGAGCUAUACCAUCCAGACUGUUACAAUGAAUGUUCAUGAUGCUCGCAAGUCAAAAUCAGUGAAGGUAUUAAACCUUUACUACAACAACAGGCCUGUUGCAGACUUGUCAGAGUUGAAGAACAAUUGGUCCUUGUGGAAGCGUGCAAAGAGUUGUCAUCUUGCUUUUAAUCAGACAGAGCUUAAAGUGGACUUUCCUAUCCCUAUAACUGCAUGUAAUUUUAUGAUUGAAUUGGACUCUUUUUAUGAGAAUCUUCAAGCGUCGUCCCUUGAAUCAUUGCAGUGUCCCCGUUGCAGCAGAUCUGUUACUGAUAAACAUGGCAUUUGCAGCAAUUGCCACGAAAAUGCAUAUCAAUGUAGACAAUGCCGGAACAUAAACUAUGAGAAUCUGGAUUCUUUUCUUUGUAACGAGUGUGGAUACAGCAAGUAUGGGCGCUUUGAAUUCAACUUCAUGGCAAAGCCAAGUUUUUCAUUUGAUAACAUGGAGAAUGAUGAAGAUAUGAAGAAAGGGUUGGCAGCUAUUGAAUCUGAAUCUGAAAAUGCUCAUAGGAGAUACCAGCAACUUUUGGGCUUCAAGAAACCCUUGCUUAAGCUUGUUUCUAGCAUUGGUGAGAAUGAAAUGGAUUCUCAACAGAAAGACUCUGUGCAGCAAAUGAUGGUCUCUUUGCCUGGACCUUCAUGCAAGAUAAACCGUAAGAUUGCUCUUCUUGGGGUCCUAUAUGGUGAGAAGUGCAAGGCAGCUUUUGAUUCAGUCAGCAAAAGUGUUCAGACACUGCAAGGGCUUCGUAGGGUUUUGAUGAGUUAUCUGCAUCAGAAACAUUCUGAUAGUUCAGUGGCUUCAUCAAGAUUUGCAGUUCCAAGAUCUCCAAAUAAUUGCUAUGGGUGUGCUACUACUUUUGUUACACAAUGUCUAGAGCUGUUACAAGUUCUAUCAAAGCACCCACAAUGUAAGAAACAGCUUGUUAAUUCUGGCAUCCUGACUGAGUUGUUUGAAAACAAUAUUCAUCAGGGCCCUAAAACAGCUCGUGUUCAGGCUAGGACUGUACUAUGUGCCUUUUCUGAGGGUGAUAUAAAUGCAGUGGCUGAGUUGAACAGUUUAAUACAGAAGAAAGUCAUGUAUUGCCUUGAACAUCAUCGAUCCAUAGACAUUGCACUAGCCACCCGCGAGGAGUUGUUAUUACUUUCAGAGACGUGUGCUAUAGCAGAUGAGUUUUGGGAAUCAAGGUUACGCGUUGCUUUUCAGUUGUUAUUUUCUUCCAUCAAAUUGGGUGCUAAGCAUCCUGCUAUAUCUGAACAUGUUAUCCUUCCUUGUCUGAGGAUCAUAUCUCAAGCUUGUACACCUCCAAAGCCUGACACAGCAGACAAAGAGCAGGGAAUUGGAAAAUCAUCUCCAACUACUCAGGUUAAGGAUGGCAAUAAUACAAACUCAGCUGGGUGUUUGAGUGGCCUGGUCAGUGGAAGCAAAUCUGAAUUGUCAGAGAAGCAUUGGGAGGGAUCUCAAAAGAGUCAGGAUAUUCAACUUUUGAGCUAUUCUGAAUGGGAGAAAGGAGCUUCAUAUCUGGAUUUUGUCAGGAGGCAGUAUAGAGUGUCUCAGGCAGUUAAAGGUGCUAGCCAAAGGUCUCGACCUCAGAGGAUUGACUACCUAGCUCUCAAGUAUGCACUAAGAUGGAAACACCAUGCUUGUAGAAGGGCCAAGAGUGACAUGCCGACAUUUGAGUUGGGCUCAUGGGUGUCAGAAUUGGUACUGAGUGCUUGUUCACAAUCUAUAAGGUCAGAAAUGUGCACACUAAUUAGUUUGCUUUGUGGACAGAAUUUGGCAAGACAGUUCCAAUUAUUGAACUUGCUCAUAUCUUUGCUACCUGCUACUCUAUCUGCUGGUGAAAGUGCUGCAGAUUAUUUUGAAUUGCUGUUUAAAAUGAUAGAUUCAGAAGAUGCACGGCUGUUCUUGACUGCAAGGGGAUGUCUAAGUACAAUAUGCAGUUUAAUUACCCAGGAAGUAAGUAAUGUUGAGUCCCAGGAGAGGAGCCUCCAUAUUGACAUAUCACAGGGUUUUAUCCUUCACAAGCUUAUUGAACUCCUUAGCAAAUUUCUUGAGGUUCCCAAUAUCCGAUCUAGAUUCAUGCAAGAUGAAUUAUUAUCUGAAGUCCUUGAGGCUCUUCUUGUCAUACGAGGCCUAAUAAUACAGAAGACGAAGUUAAUAAGUGACUGUAAUCGACUUCUAAAAGAGCUUCUAGACAGUCUUCUGCUUGAGAGCAGUGAAAACAAGCGGCAAUUCAUUAGGGCCUGUAUUUCUGGAUUGCAAAUCCAUGGAGAGGAGAGAAAAGGACGGACUUCUCUGUUUAUCUUGGAACAACUAUGCAAUUUGAUCUGUCCUUCAAAGCCAGAGCCUGUUUAUCUCUUGGUUUUGAACAAGGCACACACCCAAGAGGAGUUUAUCAGGGGAUCAAUGACUAAGAAUCCUUAUUCAAGUGCUGAAAUUGGACCAUUGAUGCGUGAUGUUAAAAACAAGAUUUGCCAUCAGCUAGAUUUAUUGGGUCUUCUUGAGGACGACUAUGGCAUGGAGUUGCUAGUGGCUGGAAAUAUUAUCUCCCUUGAUUUGAGCAUCUCUCAAGUUUAUGAGCAGGUUUGGAAGAAAUCACACACUCAGGCGCAAAGUACCAUGAGCAAUACUGCUUUGCUAUCUUCCAGUGGAUUCCCAGCUGCCAGAGAUUGUCCACCUAUGACAGUGACUUAUCGGCUUCAGGGAUUAGAUGGUGAAGCAACUGAGCCCAUGAUUAAAGAAUUAGAGGAGGAGAGAGAGGAGUCACAGGAUCCUGAGAUUGAGUUUGCAAUAGCUGGUGCUGUUCGGGAGUAUGGAGGCCUGGAAAUCAUUUUGAGCAUGAUUCAGCGUUUACGGGAUGAUGAGUUGAAGUCCAACCAAGAGGAGUUGGCUUCAGUGCUUAAUCUUCUUAUGUAUUGUUGUAAGAUCAGAGAGAACAGACGGGCCUUGUUAUGUUUAGGUGCAUUAGGUCUGCUUCUUGAAACAGCAAGGCGUGCCUUCUCAGUGGAUGCUAUGGAGCCAGCUGAAGGCAUUCUUUUAAUUGUUGAGAGCCUGACAAUGGAAGCAAAUGAGAGUGAUAUUAGCAUCACCCAAAGUGUUCUCACUGUGACUAAUGAGGAAGCAGGUGCUGGUGAACAAGCCAAGAAGAUAGUCCUCAUGUUCUUGGAAAGAUUAUGCCAUCCUUCUAGUCUCAAGAAGUCCAACAAGCAGCAGAGGAAUACAGAGAUGGUGGCAAGGAUCUUGCCUUAUUUGACUUACGGAGAGACAGCAGCAAUGGAGGCACUCAUCCAGCAUUUUAACCCUUAUCUGCAAGACUGGGGUGAAUUUGAUCGUCUGCAGAAACAGCAUCAUGACAAUCCCAAGGAUGAAGACAUGGCUCAGCAAGCAGACAAACAGAGGUUUGCAGUGGAGAACUUUGUUAGAGUCUCAGAGUCACUCAAGACAAGCUCUUGUGGGGAGAGAUUGAAGGACAUUAUUUUGGAGAAGGAGAUUACUGGUGUUGCUGUGAGGUACUUGAGGGAGAGUUUUGCAGUUGCAGGACAAGCUGGAUUCAAGUCAAGUGCAGAAUGGGCACAGGGUCUAAAACUGCCAUCCAUCCCACUUAUCUUGUCUAUGCUGAGGGGAUUGUCAAGGGGGCAUUGGCCUACUCAGAGGUGUAUAGAUGAGGGUGGGAUCUUACCAUUGCUUCAUGCUUUAGAGGGUGUUUCUGGAGAAAAUGAGAUAGGUGCAAGGGCUGAAAAUUUGUUAGACACUCUCUCCAAUAAGGAGGGUAACGGGGAUGGUUUCCUAGAGGUAACGGUUCAGAAGUUGCGGCAUGCUACCAGAGAUGAGAUGCGCCGUCGAGCUCUGAGGAAGAGAGAAGAGUUGCUUCAGGGGCUUGGUAUGAGACAAGAACUUGCUUCUGAUGGAGGAGAGCGCAUUAUUGUUGCACGGCCAACCAUCGAAGGCCUGGACGAUGUAGAAGAGGAGAAAGAUGGGCUAGCAUGCAUGGUCUGCCGAGAGGGUUACAGUUUGAGGCCCAAUGACAUUUUGGGUGUUUACUCCUAUAGUAAGCGAGUAAACCUUGGAGUUGGCACUUCAGGAAAUACUCGUGGUGAAUGUGUUUACACAACUGUUAGCCAUUUCAACAUCAUACAUUUCCAGUGCCAUCAGGAGGCAAAGCGAGCUGAUGCUGCUCUGAAGAAUCCAAAGAAAGAGUGGGAAGGUGCUACCCUGAGAAACAAUGAGACUCUCUGCAACUGCAUAUUCCCUUUGAAAGGCCCUUCUGUCCCAAUGGCACAGUAUGUCCGCUGUGUUGACCAGUAUUGGGACAAUCUCAAUGCCCUUGGACGAGCAGAUGGGAGCCGGCUUCGAUUAUUGACUUUUGACAUUGUUUUGAUGCUGGCCAGAUUUGCAACAGGUGCUUCAUUCAGCACUGACAGCAAAGGUGGGGGUAGGGAAAGCAAUUCUCGCUUCCUUCCUUUCAUGAUCCAGAUGGCAUGCCAUCUUCUUGAUCAAGGAAGCUCCAAUCAGCGCCGGACCAUGGCAAGGGCCAUCUCAACCUAUUUGUUCUCUUCAUCUGACUCCAAGCCUGCAACUCCAUCUGGGACACGUCCAUCUGCUGGAACAGAAGAAACUGUGCAGUUCAUGAUGGUGAACUCUCUGCUUACCGAAUCCUAUGAUUCCUGGUUACAUCAUCGACGUGCAUUCUUGCAGCGUGGCAUAUAUCAAACAUACAUGCAGCACAUCCAUGGCAGGUCAACACUCCGUCUCUCUUCUGAUCCAACGGCAGUUGUAAGACCAGAAUCAAGCAGUAGCAGUAGUGGAAGCCCAGCAAGGGAAGGAGAUAACCUGUUCUUCAUUAUUCAGCCAAUACUUGUGUACGCUGGACUGAUUGAGCAGUUGCAACGGUUCUUCAAGAUCAACAGAUCAGGGAAUGCUGCUGCCGGUGAAAGUGCAGAAAGAACAUCCACUGAAACGGAGGGUGAUGAUAGCAGCGGUACUUUGGAAGGGUGGGAGAUAGUGAUGAAGGAAAAAUUGGUUAAUGUCAGGGAGAUGGUUGAAUUCUCCAAGGAGCUACUGUCGUGGCUGGAGGAUAUGACUUCCGCAGCAGAUUUCCAGGAGGCGUUGGAUGUAAUGGGUAUGCUGUCUGAUGUGCUUUCCAGCGGAUUUUCCCGUUGCGAGGACUUUGUGAAUGCUGCGAUCAACACUGGAAGAAACUGAUGGGAAUUUUGGAUGUAUUGUGCUUUCUCCUCAACAUUGGUUAAUUUGUAAUUAGGCAGUAUCUCAUUUUUACUUUUGGGCUUGGCUUCUCUGCCUUAACUUGCCUUGACAUACACCGAGAAGUGAUUGUAAUUCAGCAAUGGCAGUGAUAGAAUCCAUGUUGAGGAAGUCUGCUUCCCCUUUUUUCCUCAA